AUGGAGAGAUGGCAGCCUCAGCAUGGAAGGUGGGGGAGGGGGAGGGGGAGGGGAAGAGGGAACCAUUCGUCUUCCUCUUUUGCUCGAUCAAACGACUCCAGACCUUCAACGACUUCGAAUUAUGCUACUACUACUUCAAAAACAAGCAGUUUCGGGAUUAAUGACAAACAAGACAAUAAUGAUUCCGAAAGCCUCCCGAAUUUGAUUGGAACUUGCCCUUUCAUGUGCCCGGUUGAUGAAAGGGUCCAACGUGAGCGAUUAAGGGAUUUAGCCAUCUUUGAGAGGUUAGAAGGGAACCCGACAAAAUCAUCUUCUUCGCUUGCUGUUAAAAAGUUCUGUAGAACCAUCUCCACGAAAGACAUACGGGAUGUAGAUAUGCGGCCCGUUCCCGUAUUAGAAGACACCUUGAAUUAUCUUCUAACCAUUUUCAAGUCCAGAAGCCAUCCAUUUGAAGUUAUUCAUGACUUCAUUUUCGAUAGAACGAGAUCCAUAAGGCAGGACCUCAGUAUGCAAAGUAUUACAUCCGGGGAUCAAUCUAUCCGCAUGUUUGAAAGGAUUGUAGAGUUUCAUAUCGUUUCUCAUUACAAACUUCGAAGAAAUACCACCGAUUCAAAUGUUUCUCCUAUGCAUUACCUCAACUUGGAACAGCUUACAAAGGCCUUGGCAUCUUUAUAUCAUUUGUAUGACGAAAAUCGUAAAUCCAACCCAAGUUAUGCAAACGAAGCCAAAUUCUAUUCGUUUUUUGUGCUUCUCCAUCUGGGUUCCGAUCAUCAGCCAACAGGAGAGUCGUUAUCUUUAUGGUUCCGUAGUCUUCCUUAUUCCAUUGUUAAGUCCAAGGAAAUGAUGUUCAGCCGCAGGCUCUUAAGGUACUUCCGUUUUGGCAACUAUAAACGUUUUCUUCAUACUACCGAAGCUGAAGCAUCGUGUUUGCAGUAUUAUAUCAUCGAACCCUACAUUUCUGAGAUUCGUGCAACAGGAUUGUCGUGCUUGAAUUACGGAGGUUACAAGCUUCAUCCUUACCCACUUGCAGACCUAUCUAAACACCUGCUCUUGGAGGAAUCUGAUGUUGAAUCUUUUUGUAAAGAUUGUGGUUUAGAUACUUUCACUAGUGAUACAGGAACAAAGUUCAUGCCUACCAAGCAAACAAGUUUUUGCCAUCCAAAAGGGUCCCGGAAAUAUUACCCGUUGGUGUCCGAACGGUUAAAACCGUUUUAUGAUGAAGCGCCUUACAGAAUCUGAGCCUGAAUAUCCAAGAAAAUACUGCACAAGUUUAUCAUGAUUUAUAAUCUAGCUAUUGUCAGCGUGUAGCUCAGUUGGCAAAGGGGGACAAAAGGGCGGAGUGAAUUUGCUCAAACAUACAACAGGUUCAAGUUCGAAUCAUGUGGGAGGUGGGCUUGAACCCCUCCGCUAGCCUCAGCCGUUGAGUUGCCUCCUCACAUGUGGUUCCUAGGGGGUGGGUUCCACGUGGAGAACUACUUUCAGUUCUUAUGCUUGUAGACACUUGUAUUUAAUAGUAGAUUGAUGUAACUUGAUAUCAUCAAAGAAAACAU